AUGAGUAUAGGCAUAAUUAGAGCCAAAUGUGCACUUUCCAUACCUUAAACUAAUAAUCUACCAGGUGCUAUGCCCACUUUAAUGACUCUUUAGAAUCAUGAAAAUGAUAGUAUAACUAUAAAAAUUUUAUAUUUAUUUAGAAUAUUAGAAUGAACCAAAGUAAGGAGAUUCAAUAUUUAUUCCAUUCAUUAAUGAAAGAGAUAAAAUGAAUAGACUUGUUUAAGGAGAUAAAUACUCAACACCUAAAAAAUAAAAUAUAUAAUAAGUUCCUGAGAUUGUAAAUGAAAAAUGGAUUUAACAUGAUCCUAUGAAAUUGAAAUUGCCACCAAAAAGACAUUCUUUAGAAGAUCGACAUUAGAGUAAUCAAUUUUUAAUUUAUUUAGAUAAAUAAAGAAGUAGAUCUAAUGCUGAAUUGAGAAUGAAAGUCAUUUAGACAACUACAGAAAGAUAAAGUCUAUUACUCUCCUAAGAUUAAUCAAUCUAACCUUAAUUUGAAGAAUAUAAAAAGGCUGCUUAUGAAAAUAUAUUAAAUAAAAAGAAACAAAUUCUUUAAUCUCCACCUCAACAGACAAUACUCAAGAAUUAAAGCUCUGAAAAUUUAUAACUAUUUCCAAUAUCUACAUUUGAAAAAUUAAAAUAAUCAAGAUCUCCUUCACUUAUUUUUGUGAAAAAAUAAAUCUAACAAACUACAUCUAAACAUUAACAUUUUCUAAAUUUUAAAUUACCAUCUCUUAUUCAAAAGGAGUAUAUCAAAUAAUUUUUAGACAGUAAUAAAAAAAUCAAAGAUUUAAUAAAGGAACAAAAUGAUGAGAAAUUUAAAUUUCCUUCAGAUUUUGAACCAAAAAUAGUAGAAAUGAAAAAACAAUUAAAAAAAAUGAAAAGCAGACUUAAAAAUUGGGAAACUGAUAGAGAAGUUACAGAUAAUAAAGGAUUUUUAAAAGAAAUUGCUUCUGGCAUAUUAAAUAAAUGA